UUUUAAAAGUUUUUUAAGUGAAUAACUACGAUUGUUGGGUUUGUAAAUGAAUUAUGAUAAAUAUAUAUAUUGGAAUAUGAAAUCAAUACAAAUUCGACAUGCGGGUAUUAAUGAUUGCGAUGGAGUAAUUGACAUGAUCAAAGAAUUAGCCAUAUUUCAAAACUUUGGUUCAUCUGAAAUUACUAAUACGAGCAACAUUUUAAUUCGGGACGGCUUCGGAAGUGGGGAAAAAUGGUUUCAAAUAUUCGUUGCAGAAGCAAAUAAAAAGGAAAACGAAGAAGAAAAAAUGCUUGUAGGUUUUGUACUAUUUUUUCGAAGUUACUCUUCGUGGAAUGGUCGUAUUCUUAGAAUAGAUGAUAUAUAUGUAAAACCUGAGUUUAGAGGUAAUGGUGUUGGUACUAAGCUAUUAAAAGAAGUUGCAAAGGAAGCUAUAAAAGAAAACUGCGUUAGAAUACAUUGGAAUGUUUUGGAUUGGAAUGAAAAUGCUAAAAAAUUUUAUGAAAAAUGUGGAGCUAAAGUUGAAUCCGAUUGGCAGAUGUGGGUUUUAAAAGGCGAAAGUUUACAAAACUUUGUAAAAAGUUGACAUUUACACAAAAAUAAAUUAAAAUGCAUUCUGUUUUAUUUACCUUAUACACUGAUACUGACAAUAAAGUAAUCCACUUUGAGAUUUUUAUUUGUGAUUUUAUAAACAAGGUUUAUCAUCAGUUGUAUUAUUAGUUUUAAAUAAAAUUUAGAUUUGAUAAAAAA